AUGAUCAUUUUCACGGAUAUCGUUUCUGGAGACGAGGUUCUCUCCGACACCUUCAAGCUCCAGGAGGUCGACAAGGUCUUCUACCAGUGCGACUGCCGCAAGUACCUCAAGAAACAGAACGAGGACUUCCAGCUUGAGGGUGCCAACCCCUCCGCUGAGGAUGGUGGUGAUGAUGGUGGUGAGGGUGAGGCCGUCAUGGUCCACGACAUCGAGGACCAGUUCCGUCUUGUCUGGCUCAAGACCGAGGAGGGUCUCAAGCCCUCCAAGGACGCCUUCAAGUCCCACCUCAAGAACUACAUGAAGAAGGUCCUCACCAAGCUCACCGAGAAGGGUGCUCCCAAGGAGACCAUCGAUGAGUUCAAGGCCAACGCCCCCGCCGCUGUCAAGAAGAUCCUCGGCAACUACGAUAACUACGAUGUCCUCAUGGGCCAGUCCAUGGACGGUGAUGCUAUGCACAUCCUCAUUGACUUCCGCGAGGACGGCGUCACCCCCUACGCUACCCUCUGGAAGCACGGUCUCGAGGAGGUCAAGGUCUAA